CUCAAAUCUUCUAGAUCAUUUCACCUGGACCUUCUUCCAGAACUACACCAUCAUGCAUGUUACUGUACUCACGCUGCUGGCGUGUGCUCACCUGUCUAUAGCUUCUAAGAUCUUCUUCACCACCACCUCCAGCACCAUAGUCCAGGACGCUGGGAGCGUCAAGCUGAGAUGUGCCCUGCUGGAAACGGGAGGAGAAGCAGUUGUUGGAAGAGCCGUAUCUAACACCAGCUAUGACGUACAGAUUGUCAAUUCCAUCAUUGUGCUCAGAGGUGCGAGUGAGAUCGUCGCCACCAUCGUCACCACCAACCCCCCUGAAGUCAAAGCAGACGUCGGUCUUCUAACCGCCACUGGGACCCUGCACCCCCAGGACCCCUCCGACCCCGAAUACCUCGAGCUGACCUGGUCAAACCCCGGGGUGAACCAGGCCAAAACCUACACCUGCGAGAUCAACGCCCUUGACCUUCUCGGGCGAGCCGUCACCUUUGAAGAAACCUUGACCUUGGACUACAAGCCCGCCGACACGCACGUCAACGUCACUAACAGCACUGACCUUGAGACCACGGUCAACCAGCUGAAGGCCGAGGUCGCGGAGAUCAAGGCCGCGCUUGAGGCCCUCAAGGUUCCCCACUUCGAGGAAGGGUUGGUCGCCUGUGAAAACUCGGAUUCUUGGAGCUCCACAGGGGUCAGCGGGUACAAAGGCAUCACCAAGAACGUGUUCUUCAGGUCCCCGUACAGGACCAAGCCCAUGGUCAACGCCGGGGUCACGGUCAUGGACAUCACCUCCAGCCUUGACAUCCAGUACAAGGUCAUCGUCCGUGACGUCACGACCGUUGGGUUUCAUCUGGUCUGCGAGACAUGGGGGACAACCAAGGUUAAUCUUAUUUCAGUAAGAUGGACGAGUAAUGUCGCUUGAACUGUCUCCCCUGUUGUUGUGCCGAUAUGAUGCGCACAUGUCUAAAAAAUGCCGUGUACUACUCAAUCGUUGGUAUAUUUUAUGACUGUAAAUUGUGAAUGUUCGCUCUCAUUUAUAUGCGGGUAAAGGAUCUUAAUAAAACGAUGACGAAUCAA